AGACAGAAGCUUCAACAUCUCAACUCAUCUUCACAUACCCUUUUUGUCUCUCUGUCCACAGUCAUGGCGGUACCGCGCCUAGCCACACGGCUGUACCCUGCCGGACUUCCCCAGAAGAGCUUGCGAACCCUGUCUCCGCGCUCUUUCAGCACAACUACAUCAUAUCCCAGAUGCCAUCUCCGACUCUCGUCAACGCCAUUACCUUCGCCACUACGACAACCCAAUAAGGAAAGCCUUACUAGCACCACUCGCUCGCUCACCACCACCACCUCCUGCCUCUCAUCUUCUACAUCCUCCUCAUCAUCUUCCACCCCAGAAACCCCCGACAUCACGAACCACUACACGAUCUUCCGCAACACGCUCCCGGCGGGCCCACCACCGCACUCCCCAUUCUCGAUCCCGGUCGCGGACCUGCGCCGCGAAUUUCUUCAAUGGCAGUCCCGCAUCCACCCAGACAAGUACCCGUCGGGCCCGCAGAAGCAGCAAGCGGAGGCGCUGUCGGCGCGGAUCAACGAGGCCUACCGCACGCUGCUGGACCCGCUGCAGCGCGCGCAGUACCUCCUCCACGAGAUGCACGGAAUCGACGUCACGGCGGAGGACGGGGCGACGAAGCACGCGCUGGACCCGCAGACGCUGAUGGAGGUGAUGGAGGUGCAGGAGACGAUUGAAGAAGUCGGGGCGGAUGAGGCGGCCGAGGAGACGAUCCGGGAGUUGAAGCGGGAGAAUGAGCAGCGGGUCGCCGGGUGUGUGCGGGCUUUGGAGGAGGCGUUCGACAGUGGGGAAAUCGAGAAGGCGCGCACGGAGUGUGUCAAGUUGCGGUUUUGGUAUAGUGUUGGAGAGGGCCUGAGGGAGUGGGAACCGGGGACGACCGAGAUUCGCCUUGUGCAUUGAUUGAACUGAUCUCGGGGAAUGAUCGCUUUAUGUAUA